AUGUCUGGUGUCCCAUGGGGAGGCCCCUUCUGGAACGAACUUGACUUUGCAAGAAAUUGCUCGGUGUUUGGCGCCUAUGCAGGGUGGAUAGUGACUAACAGCAAUGAACCACCGCUUCCCAUCGUGGCAACGUUUUGGCGGACUUUUGUGCCGGCAUUCAACUCCACACAAACAACCAAUAACCAAAUCAUUGAUUGGCAUGAGUGGGCUCGCUCAAACCGGACUAUUUUGGCUGGUCAAAUAGCCGACAUCACAUCGUGUCGCUUAAAUGUAUGCCAGGCCAUUGGAUCUGAGAUUGAUGGUAGCCUUGCGGGCGUGGGGCUACUGGUUUCUUAUGGCCUCGAGGCCAUCUUGUUGACCGUUUACUGUGCAUUCGCUGUGUUAACAGCUAUGCGACGAGGCAGAAGAGACACCAACUUAUCCGAAAAGCCUCAGACAGAUACCUCCCAGAACAAGCAUGGUACCUUGAACCGUAUCAGCAAGGGUCUCAAAUGCACCAGAUACGAUAUGUUCGAUGCAGCAGCUUUCCUUUCCCUUGGCAUACAAGCUACUGUUAUCUAUCGCCAAGUGACCUCUACCGACUACCGCUUCGACUCUUCCCUACAGCUCAUCAUAUCGGCUUUCACUUUCUUCCCCUUAGCAGCAAUGGUUCCACUCAUUCUCGACUUCUCUCGUCGAAACUGGCUUAAGGGUGCUAUUUUAGUUGGACUCUUCAUCAUUCACACUGCUGCAUGGGUUCUCUGUACGAACAAUGCCCAAGUAGACUACGACCACAACCAAGAUAUACUAAGCACAUGCCCUCAGAACCGACCACCUCAAGGGGCAGUCUCAGGUAUCAUGUUUAUUAUGGCCGCCAUGAUUUGGAUUCCCCCACUUUUUGGUCUGUGUCUCGCUGUCGUGCUCUGCUUCUACCGAGGAAAAAGCCGCAAGAUGUGGCAGGCUAAAUGGCUUAGGAAGGUUUCCAAGGGAGCCAUGGUGAUGUACGCUGGCGCAAACUUCAUUUGUAUGUGGGGUGCUUUGGUCGUACUACUUAUCUUCUUCAUUGGUGCUUCGUGGGAACCUGGAGUAUCUUGGAGCUUGGGCCAGGGACUUGCUCUUACCCCGUGGAUAUCUGUACUAGUUGAGUUCGCGUCCAUCCUGUUUUCCAAUACAGAAUCUGGUUUAUCAGGGCGUCUACCUCUCGAUUUCAAGGUAGUUCGGAACGAGAAGGCUCUUUAUUGUCAGGAAAGAGAUGGAUUUCUUAACGAGAUCAAUACUAACAGUGGAAACGAUGCUUAG